AAAAAACAAGCAGACAGCGUGUUGCAACGCUAAUUCUCAUAUGCUUUUACGCCUUCCAAAGUCCAAUUUAUUUUACAUGUCCUAAACAGUUUUCGAGUUUCAAUAAGUUCCAACAAUAUUCUAAAAUGGAUUCAGAUUUGUGUACAAUUUACUGUGGGAGUCUAUCGCCUAAAGUUACAGAGGAAAUACUUCAUGAACUUUUCUUACAGGCGGGGCCCUUGAAAUGCGUAAAAAUACCCAAAACUCCUCAAGGUGAAUCUAAAUUGUUUGGAUUCGUCGAAUAUCAACAUGAAUGUUCAGUGGACUAUGCUAUACAACUCUUUCACCAUACUACCCUUUUUGGCCAGGAACUUCAACUCAAAAGGAGGAAACCAAAUAAUCCUGAGCGGGUUCCCAGUUUACCAUUUCCUGGAAUGCAUCGUACAACCAGCCUUCCAAUCAUGAUGAACUUCCCUAUGCAGCCACAUCCAUUGUUUUUUAGACCACCAUUUAUAGCAGGUAUCAUGAAUCCACCAAUAAACAUGCUCAACUUUGGACUUGGAAUGUCACCAGCUGUCCCACCGAUGCCUACCCAUAUCCGCUUUGAUGUUGAAGGCUUACCAAAAACAGAUUCCAACCUUAUUCCAGCCAUAUUUCACGGACAAUACAAAAAUUCAUUUGUGGCACCACAUCACAGCACAGCUCAUUCAAAAGAGAGGCAUCAAGAUUCAUCUACCUCAUCAAAUCAGGAUGUCAACAAUAAAAGAAGACAUGGUAAUCACAACAAUGGUAACAACAGCAAUCAUUCGUUCCAUCCAGAGGAGAAAAAAUCGAAAUAUUCAAAUUCAGAGAAGCGCGAAAGUGUCCAAGAUGAAGGUCAAUAUCGAUCAAGUAAUUUUCGAGAAGGUAGGCGUUAUCAAGGAGGUGACCACCGAUCGAGUAAAACAGAUCAUUUGGAAGUUUAUCAAGAUGGUAAACGUCACCGCGGGGAUGAUCAUCAGCGGAGCAGAUCUCACCACGAUGAUGGGCAUCAACAUAGCAGAUCUCGUCGCGAUAGAUCUUAUAAUCAAGAUCGGCAUCACAAUAACUAUUAAACAACAUGACCUCUUUCAGUGACAAAUAGUUCAAAUAAUUCGGGAAAUAUUUCCUUGUGCUGUUUUUUGUAUUGUAUUAAUGAAUUGUGCGUUUUUCAAUACCUACAAAAUCGCCUGUUUUGACUCACCUGAAUCAGUGUUUUCUCAAACGUCUCCCUUUGUCACUACAGCAGCAUUUCUAAUAGAAAAAAAAGCAGUUUUUAAGAAAUAAAUACCGUCGCCCAUGUA